ACCACACAAAGGUCUGAGUCUCGUGUUAAACCGAAGUAAUGAUUUCAUCCCCUGAGAGCGACUAGAGUGACAGUAAAAGCCCGGAGUCGCUCUCGGACAUGGCCGAGCAUGCGGAGCUGCUGUCCGAGAUGACGAGCGUGGGCCGACUGUCGGCCGCCGAGCGUCUCAAGCACGCUCAGAAGCGACGAGCGCUGCAGCUGAAAGGCUGGGCGCAGAUGGAGAAGGAAAACGCCCGGACCGGGAGGAACAGCGCCGCCCGGAGGAAGAACAACGCGGACAAGAAGGGGAGGAGGCCGGGCGGGAGGAAGGUGACGUUCCCCAGUAACGUCAUGCUGCUGGAGGCCGCCGCCAGGAACGACCUGGACGAAGUGAAGAAGCUGCUGAAGAGCGGCGUUAAACCGGACCUAUAUAACGAAGAUGGACUCACAGCAUUACAUCAGUGCUGCAUUGAUGAUUUCGUGGAUGUGGUGCGCUGCCUGCUCGAAUCCGGCGCCGACGUGAACUCGUGCGACAGCGAACUCUGGACGCCGCUGCACGCCGCCGCCACCUGCGGGCACACCGGCCUCGUCCAGAUCCUCGUCCAGGCUGGUGCAAAUCUGCUGGCAGUAAACGCAGAUGGAAACAUGCCGUACGACCUGUGUGAGGACGAGGCCACGCUGGAGCUCAUAGAGGUGGUGAUGGCAGAGCAGGGCAUCACUCAGGAGAAGAUAGACGAGUGUCGUGCUGCGAAGGAGAGCGCCAUGCUGAAGGAUGUCCGCCAAAUGGUAGAGCGAGGAGAUGACCUGAACGCCAAGGACCUGCUGGGCGGCACCCUGCUGCACGUCGCGGCGGCCAACGGCUACAUGUCGGUGGGGGAGCUUCUGCUGGAGCACAGAGCCGGCGUGGCCGAGAAAGACGCCGACGGAUGGACGCCGCUGCACGCCGCCUCCUGCUGGGGACAGUUACAGAUGGUGGAGCUCCUGGUCGCUCACGGCGCAGAUCUAAACGCCAAGUCUCUCCUGGAUGAGACUCCUCUCGAUGUGUGCGUGGACGAGGAGGUGAGAGCGAAGAUCAUGGAGCUGAAACACAAGCACGACGCCAUCAUGAAGAACCAGGACAAGCACAAGAGCUCCCUGCAGAGACGAGCGUCCAGCGCCAGCAGCAGAGGGAAGGUGGUGAGGAGGACGAGCGUGAACGAGCGCAGUAACUUAUACAGAAGAGAGCACCAUAAGGAAGCCAUGGUGUGGCAGGACAGAGGACGACAGGACAGACAGACCGAUGACGAGGACGAGGACAGACAGACGGACGCUGAACUCAGGCAGCACAUGGUGGAGACCUCUAGUGGCGUCACUCUGCAUCGCCUGGACAACGGCGGAGGCGAAGAAACCCAAACCCACGACUCGGCGGUGGGAAACGGCGGCAGCUUCGCCGCGCAGUCGUCGUCCUCCUUCGUCCCCGGAGAGCUGCACGGCGGCGGGCGCAGGGACCGCAGCGGCACCUACGAGCUGACCCCCCUGACCACCGUGAACCCCGUCGCCGUGGCCCCGGAAGGCGCCGGCUCGGACAGCAUGACCCGCGACAAAUCGCACCAGACGCUGGCGGAGCUGAAGCGCCAGAGAGCCGCCGCCAAGCUUCAGAAACGCCAGGCUCCCGCGCCGCCGCCGCUCCCCCCCACGCAGGAGGAGACCGGCGCGGCUCAGGGGGGCGGAGCGCCCGAGCCUAAUAACAGAGUGUACUUCACACCCGCCAGCGGAGACCCGCCCCUUUUGAAGCUGAAGGCGCCGGAGGAGGAGGAGCCGGCCAAUCAGAAAGAGCCGUGCUGCGGACUCAUGUAGGGGGGCGCAAACACACACACACACACACACACACACACACACACACACGUGUACGAUUAAAGUCUAGCGUUUACAUACACUGUUAAGGGAUGAAAACUUGUCAUGAAUCAGGGUGUGGUGGGCACAGUGGGCG